AUGCUGCUUAAUUUUGUUUCAUUGACGAUGGACACAAAUGUGUGGCAGGUUCCCUCCAUCCCUGUGUACUGCAGCGUUUCUGCACCCUCUCCAACGCGGGAGCCAAGGGUUGCGCUUAUUGUUGUUCAGACGGGCUACUCUCCCGGCUGGUGCAGGAUGCAGGUGAGCUCCAUUCUUUCCCGCGUGUCUGUAACACGAUUGGC